AAAUAAUUUAUUUGUGUUGUCAAGCCAUGCAAAUCACUUGAACAAACUAUCCAAGCUUUAUUCAGCCUAAGUAAAGAUAUGGUUUGAACCAGAAAAGAAUGAGUUCCCCUCUACAUAGUUUAAAGAAAGGACCAAAAUCCAGAAUGUUUGUCGGAACUGGCUUGAGUCUGGAUAAUGUAGGUCAAAGACCAGUUCCUUUCCGUCAGCCGAACUACACCGAUGAUGAGAGUAGAUUAUUGGACGAAAUAACAACCAACAUGGCUACCAAUAGAAUAAAGGCUCAGAAUAUUUCUACAACCACUGGAAGUAACGGUCCAUCCCCCUUACCUAGCACUGGUAGUCCUAGUCUACCUAAACUUACUAAAAAUACUUCGUCACGUUUAAAUCACAUGACUCACAGUUCAGGUCCUACAGAUCAUGAUUUGAUGAGUUUAAUGAUGAACAAAGUAACUCUGUUGGAACAACGAGUUCAGUUUCAAAAUAAAGAAAUGUCAGAAAAGGACAAGAGAGUGCGUAUUUUAGAAGAUAAAAUAAGAAUCAUGAAGAAUGCUAGUGAGUCCAAUGAACCUGGUCAAGUAAAAGAAUUGGAGAAAAAAUGUCUUCUGCUUCAGCAGCAAAUACAUGAAAUGGAGACAUUUUUAAGUGAUUAUGGAAUGAUUUGGAUGGGUGAGAAAUCAUCAGAAGAAUCUGAAGUUUAUUUGGAAGAGGAAGAAGAAGAAGAAGAAGAGGAAACUGAGGAUGAAGGCAUGUGGAGACCUGGCUCCUCUGUAUCAUCAAUCCGACCCCAUCACCUUGACUACGAUCAACUGAUUGAAAAUAUUAAAGAUUUAAAUAUUCUGGCGGGAGAAGGUGUUGCCAAGGUUACCAAAACUACAGAUGGUGCUAGAUUAAAGAUACCAGAAGCUAUUCCCCUGACUUUGUUCCGAAAUGGUAUAAUGUUGUACCAGGGUCCAUUCCGUCCCUUCUCUGACCCGGAAACUCAACUGUGUAUCCAGGAUUUAAUGGAUGGAUAUUUUCCAUCAGAAUUACAGCACCGUUAUCCAGAUGGCAUCCCAUUUGCUGUCUCUGACAAACGAGAUAUCAAAUUUUCAGAUAAGAGAAAUAAGAAGAUAUUUGAAGGUUCGGGUCAGAUAUUGGGAGGAGAAACGAAGCCAUCACGGUUAAUUCCCAGUAAACUUGCGGAGCGUUCUGGUCGGGGUAGAAAUAUCACAGAGUCCGACUCCAGAGUUGGUCUGGAAACAUCUGAGAUACCAGGAGGACUUGUACGAGUUGAUGAUUUAUUAAACAAAUUACCUAAAUCUGUGAUACGAGAUGGUAAAGUUAUAGAUAUCAGAAAUUCUAUUGGGCAACAUAUCAAGGGAGAUGGAAACAAUACUGUAGGUGUAUCAGUUGUAGAGACUCCUGUCUCACUACAUAUGAUGAAAAGGCUAGAAGAAAAUGGUAAGAGAUCUGAACGUCCAGUCACACCAAGAAAUAUAACUACAUUACGAAUCAAGUCAGAGUGUGGAAAUCAUACUUACAUCGUUAAGAUGAAGUUCACUGAUACUAUAGGUGAAUUAAAACAGUAUUUACAAAAACACAGGCCAGGUAUAAGAAAGAAAUUUACUGUGAUGUCAACGUAUCCUACACGGUCUUAUACUGAUGAUACGGCAACACUGGAGGAUUGUGGUCUAGUUCCUAAUGCAGUAUUACACUUACGUAGCAUUCCGUCAUAA